AUGCGUUUUAGCGACAAGUCCGACUUGGCAAAAUCUUACGGCGUCGACUUCCGGAUCUGCGAUCUUUUGAAGCCGGUCGUCGAUGAGGCUGUGGUUGAGAGAUGCAAGAAAUUAAUGAUGGAAGAGCAGGAAAGUCUUUAUGAACGCACCAAACCGAGGAGCAAUUCGAACAGUCCCCAGCCGUCAACACCUCGACAGGAACUCGGUCAGGCAUCAUUUAGUACCAUAGCCAAUACUUUUGCAUUUCGUGAGGGAAAACCAAGAGGGAAUGGUUUGUACGCGGGUUUGAACUAUCCGAAAACUCUAUACGGCACUGAGCGUAAGAAGAAGAUGAGCGAAUAUAAAGAGAAGGUGAGGCAGUUUGAUUCUAGGACAAGCAGCAUUGAUACUAUGCGGCAGUAGCG